AUGGUUGUAAGUAGCGUGUAUGUGAGUGGGAUCGGCUUGGGCGUAUUGGGUCUGGUCAUCCCCGCUGUCCACAGCCUCCAAAAGCAACGCUGGAUGAGCCAGAGCACGUACCAAUUUCAGAAGAAAUGGCUCCGAAAUUUGUACAUUCAGAUAGCAUCUGUUAUGGCAUGCGUCUUUAUACCAUUUUUCUGGUAUUUUUACAUUGGUUACGAUGAACGAUUUUGGUUGACAGAAUAUUCAAUUUAUCCAACAAGUAUCGCGUGUUUUCACGGAACUGUCGCCACAAUUGUCUUGUUGAUUUGCUAUGAUAGUUAUCAGGGUUAUUUAUUCAAGAGUAUUUUCUUCAUACAGAAAAAUGCUGUCAAUGACUCAACACUAAAUCCGAAGUCAACCACAACAGUUCAAAUAUCGAUUGAAACAAGAACAAAGCAGGACAGAAUUCUCCCUUUAUCAGGGAAUCGAAAUGGACGA